AUGCUUAUAAUGACUUGGCUAAACGUAUUUAUUUUAAAUCGUGUUAUGAAAGAAAGCGAAUUGGUGUCAGUGUCUUUCCAAAACCAAGAGGAAUCUAUUCAGUAUGCAAAACGUGUUUCUAGCGGGCAUGACGUUCGUAGAAUAGCAUUGAUCAACCCUCCUGAUCAUUCAUGCCUGGGUUCCGAGUACAUGUUACGCAAUUGGGAUGUUAUUGAGGUCACAAUUACGGAUUUGUUAUUUGAUUCAUCUUCUACGUGUCCUACAUGA